CGCCUUUAUUUUGAAUGUCAGUCCUGUACAUUGCGUCUGUUGUCAUGCGUGUCCACGUUGGUCUGAGUGUGCUGCUACGAUAUGAAAAAAAUUGCACGAGUUCAAACAGGGUAGUGACCUAUUUUCAGAGACUCUCCAGCGGUGCGCCCAUAUACUGCAGCCUGGACUCCCAACACUGUCAUAUUUAAGGCCAGUCGCGGCGGACGUGCCUUUACCGGCGUCUGUGCCAUUUACGCACCGCGUCGCUACCUGUUUCAACAACCUUUCCCCCCGCAUGUCCGCGUCCUCUUUUAAUUAAACUCGCACCCCCCCCUCCGCAACCCUUAGACAUUUUUAGAGCAGUAUGACAAAUCCUGCCCUAUAUAGGGGCGUUCAUCACAGCUCAGCCAGCUGUUGUGCAAGAUGCAGGCUUGUACUGAGCUCCCUGAUGUUCUGUCACAACAUCUGAUAAAAGAGUUCAACGUCUACAGACUGCUGACAUUCACUUACAACAUGAUGGGAUGUUGGUAAAUACAACUGUGACCACCACAUGAGGUACACACCCAUAGAACAAAUGAUGUCAAUUUUCAGAUUUCCCACAUGAAAGACUAAAUAUGUUAUUCUUUCAUGUCACCAAGUUUUAUGUGAGGAAGUGUGCUUAGUUUUUUGAGUUUACCCUUGAUUAUAUAUAUGGCCCACCAUGAGCUAUUUAUGCCUAAUAACUUCUCACAAACUACGACUGGAACUGGUGAAAUCGUUGUCUUGCCAUAUUACCAUUUUUGUUUUGACCAAUUCUCCGUUAGUUGAGGCCAAUCAUGUAGCGCAGGGGGCGAGGAUGAGCACAGGCACACAUGCCUAGAUAAAGAGCUGUUUUCCUCCAAUUAAGCAAUUCCACUGUCCCUAAGCCUAAUUGUGUGCACACUGGGACUGGGUUUGGGAUGGACCUUCUCCCCAUUGGCUGCCUCCCAUGGGCCCAUUGUUCCAGAAGAUGCCAGGGGAAAGAGUUGAGCUCUGCCAAGGCAGACCUAACAAGCCCUGUGCUGGAGUGGAAUAAGGCCUGAUCAUUAAAAAGCAUAGGCCACAAUGCAGAUCGAGGCACACUCAGGGGGCUGCAGUUGCAUUUUGGAUCAGAGGAGGAUGGCUGUUUAUUUCCAAGGUGACUGUAUGAACAAUGUAGCGUGCGGGUGCAUGAGAGAAACCGUCACACAGAUAUCAUAUAAGGCUGGAAGAGGUCUGGCCUCGGGCCCACUGGACCUCUCUCAGAGUAUGUGGGGAAGAGGAGCGCGAAAGAGGCCGCACAGGCUUUGUGCAGAGGACAUUGACCCCCCCCCCCUUCCAGGCCCCUGCUAUUUAAUCCAUAACCCCCCUCUGAACUGUGAGCAAAGGUGCUCCGCACAUCCUCAGCCUGCACACCGCAUUGUUUAUCCAAUCAGCUGAUGAACAGUUUAGCCUCAGUUCAACCACAGAAUCCAUCUGACAGAAAGAGAGACGUCUAUCAGCGUCGGCACAUACCGUGAUACUUCUCUUUUCUUACACAGCUCUUGAGUCACUGCAGAGAAAAGGCUCUCAGCGCCGUCAUAUAGUCAGAUGUCCGCUGGGGUCCAGCUGUGCAUCCCUCUGGUGGCAUUCCACACUCUCAGGAUGUGUGUGUGUGUUUGUGUAGGCAGUCUUUUUUUUUUUUUUUCUGCUGUACAUUUUCUCAUCCUGACUGCAUGCUUGGCCAGAUGUACAUACUCUGGCAGCUGCUGGGUGCAACAGCUUGCACAGAGAUUUGGUCAGAGUUUGACACCGACUUGCUUCAUCUGCUGCAAUUAGUACACAAGAAGAUCUACCAUAAAGGCUUUCCACCACACCAGUGUCUGAAAUCAAAUCAUGGGUGUGGUGGUCACCACCUCCCCGAUUUUCCCGUGCUUUUAAGAUUUAACGCCCCACCACAACUGUCUGACAUCAUACCCCUGAAGUCCCAAGUUGUGUGAGGGUAAGGCAGCUGCUUUAUGGUGGAAAAGGUGGACCCUAAUGGCUUAUUCCUGCGUCACAGAACAACCACGAGGCUUGUGGUAGGGGACCAGUGGGAGCCCACAGUGCACUUAUACUUAAUGCCUUAAACCAGGCUAAUAAAGGUGCACUGCAUCUGAUGUAAAAAAGAAGCACAUUCAGUUGAUUCCUACAUUGCGAAUAUGGUACCACAAAGAAACUCUCAUCCGACAUCCACGACAGUAGGUUUUGUUUUUCGCACACAGUGUUGUCGGCCUGUUGUGGGGCCAAUAAAAUAUGUUUCCACUGGAGGGGAAAAAACUGUGAGGAGGAUGAGGACCGCUACCAGUAAUUGGGUGGAAUGUAAGCGGUACAAGCUACAGUGGGCGAGCCAGUGUGAGUGUUUGAAUUGAUAUCACAGUGGGGUUUCAUAGCUGCUGGGGAUUACGGUCGAGCUGAAAGGCAACUCAGCAGCAGGGGAGAGAGGAUUAUUGUGGUCAGUGAAAGAGGCAGCAUGGAGCGAAAUCAAGGCACCUGAUGCACACAUUUAUCUUCACAGGGAUCCCCAUGACGGAUAUGUCCUUUACACUUGUAGACAAGACCUCUGAAGUACUCUUGAUCCCAAUCAGACAAUUUGUCAUUCCUCCACGUGCCUGAUGAAAUAUGACUAACGUUAGGUUAUGUCAUUUUGAAUGGAUUUGCACAUCCCAACUCUUGACCUUUGAUUGGGCGGUAGAUGGACGCAGGACAGGACAUGUCCCUUCAGUGAUAUGAGCUAGAGAGAGGACAUGGUGCAUGAUACAGUAUCCGUGGUCAGGUCCCUGGUGGUGGUAAGGAGCCCCACACUUUGUUAAUCAUUUAAAGUGUUUGGCAAAUUCUUUGUUAUUUUGCAGCUUAUAAACCAGGGAAAUUCCAAUGAGCCACAAGACUGAAGUCAUCAGUGUAAUUGAAUUGAAAUCUAAGUUGAAACAGAGCUGAUUCAUUGGCUGAACUAGAGUUCAACUUGAAAAUGACAGCGAAUGACUCUCUCAGCUCUCGUAUUAUUACAGUUCAGCUCUGUGCAUUGUUUCCGAUAGAAUCUCUCGUCACUAAUCAUCGCCAUGUGUGCAGGUGACACACGCAUACUUCGGAGUGCUACAGUGUGAUGUGUCUAUGUGGGGUGACGGCCAGACUCCUGGGCCCAUACAGUAAGAACAGGCGGAGCGGAUAUAGAGCUUGACUCACACUAACUUGCAAACUGAAGGAGACCAGUGCAUACCUCUUUGCUCCCUGGUUGGCCGGGCUCACGAAGCAUGCAUUUUUCUCCAGUUAAACUGUAACCACUAAUCACCCACGGCCUCACUGUUUCCUCCCGGAGCAGACCAUUCCUGGGUCCCCAGGGUGGGUUAAAAUGCUCCCUCUGGGAAUAUAUGGUCUACCCUUUUUUUUUAAAUCACCUGUGUGGGACAUCCCAAACCAGCACAGGACUCUUGCUCUUUCUGUGAGGAUCUGCCACAGUGAAGUUUAGGGUCAGUUCCUCUGUUGCAAGUCUGCAGGCCUGCAUUUCCAAAAUAAACACAGACAACUCAGUGCCUCACUCCAGCUACCCCACCCUACCCCUUCUCAUUCUCUUUAAUGCUCCUUCUGCGCUCCCUGCUCAGUGCUUAUAUCGUGAGAGAAUUUCAGCUCGCAGAGUCCUUCGGACAAUACGCAGACCAUGUCUGGGGCCGGGUUCACUUGAUGAGGAAAAGUUAAAGCCAAUAUUUGAAAGAAUAACAGCAACGUAAAGGAGCUGUCAGAGAAAGGGUGGAGGGAUUAGAGGAAAGUCCAUUUUGGGUUUUCCACCAACAUACUUUAACAUUUAACUUAUAGAUGAUAGUCAACUUGGAUUCUAGCUGGAUGUUUUGGAUAUCUGGGAGCUUCAAGAAGCUGUGAGUUGUGCAGUAAUAUGCAAACAGCCAUGUAGUUUAAGUAGAGACACAGCUGGUUUGUGUUAUUAUUUACUUGCUUGGCCAACAACCUGGAUUCUCCACUUUACCAUCAAUAGCACGACAGCAGUUCAGAGGUGGGAGGUCAGCGGUUUGUGGUCAUGCUGUCCCUGGACGAGCCCCUGGACCUGAAGCUCCCUCGGCGGCCGAAUGGGUGGGACAGAGGGGCGCGCUCUCCCCCCAUCUCCCCGCUGCACCCCAAGCGAGCUCGCCAGCUCCGCAUGGCGGACGAUGGCACCGCAGUCAUAGAGCCCGCCUCGCCGGCAUCUCCACACACAGGUGUGCAGGUGGUCCCCCAUGAUCGGGCAGACACCCCCACACCCCCUGCGGUGGACCUGAGCAUGUCUCCCUCCUCUCGCCACACCACCAGCUCUCCAGAAAUGACCAACGGCAACUACAUCCCCUCAGGAAAUUCUCACAUCUCACAGGCCUUUCAGUUUUUCGUGCCAAUCGGAGCUGGGGCGGGACUUCACCUGCCAUCCUCCAUGUUCAUUGGACAGACUAGCGACAGAAGAGCCUCUCCUGACCUAUCGGCGGAUGAACAGCUGGCCUGCCACUGGAAGAAGUGCCACCUGCUCUUUGACUCCCUGCAAGACCUGGUGGACCAUGUCAAUGACUUCCAUGUCAAGCCUGAGAAGAAUUCUGGGUACUGCUGCCACUGGGAGGGCUGUGCUCGCAAAGGGAGGGGUUUCAAUGCUAGGUACAAGAUGCUCAUCCACAUCCGCACUCAUACUAACGAGAAGCCCCAUCGCUGUCCCACCUGCAACAAGAGCUUCUCACGCCUGGAGAACCUCAAGAUACACAACCGGUCACACACAGGUGAAAAGCCCUACAUUUGUCCUUACGAGGGUUGCAACAAGCGCUACUCAAACUCCAGCGACCGCUUCAAGCACACUCGCACGCACUAUGUGGACAAGCCUUACUACUGCAAGAUGGUGGGCUGCCUGAAGCGCUACACAGACCCAAGCUCUCUCCGCAAGCACAUCAAGGCCCACGGCCACUUUGUGACUCAGGAGCAGGGCUCCUCGGGUGGGGUGGGCUCGCUGCUGAGGGGGAGUCAAAGUGGAGUGCUUGCUGGCGGAAGGGGCAAGGAUUCAGAGCUGUCCUAUGUGAGUGCGGCCCACAUUAUCAUCCCAGGGGCAGCGGCUGCUUUCCUUGGAGGCCACGCUCUGCAGGGUCUGGGUGGUGCCCUUCCCAUGUCCGCCCUCAGUCCUCGGCCGCUGGAUCUCAGCGCGCUCGGUUGCCCCGGCUCACCUCCAGGCAGCCUGGGAGGCGCGUCCAUCCUGUCCUUCAACGGCUCCGCGCUGGGCCUGGCCAAAUCCCCUCUGCUCUCCCCAGGCUUCCCCUCCUCGGCCCUGGGCCUGUCGAUGAUGCCCAUGCUGGGGGCCUCGUCUGAGCGCAGGUCCCACAGCCAACAGGCCAAGAGGAGACGGGAGGAGGAGGCAGAGAACGAGGUGACCGGGGGGGUCUUGAACCUCUCCACGGGCUCCCAUGAUCCCUUGUCCUGGGUGGUCAUCCCCCCAGGCACCGUGGUGCUCAAGCCAGCUGUGGUCAACUGAUACACACAUUACAUGCAUACACACACACACACACACACACACACACACAUUCCAGAAGAGCUCAGGGGGUCGGGAUGGGAGGGUGAACGCCAUAGUGGGGGAACACACGGUCAAGGGUGACAGGGACUGGCUCGCACAAUCAAACCCAGGCAACGCAUUUCAGAGAAACGGAGAAAAACUAUAGAAACUCAUCAAACCCUCAAUCAGCAAAACAAUAGAUAGCACUACACCUACACAACGCAAGCCUCUUGUAUUGAUGGGAAACUCUAACUUGGGGCCCAAGAACUCUGUUCAGGACCAUAUACGGCUCCGUAUUUCUAUCACAAGGCCCGACAAUGGGCUCCUCUUUGCUCUCUUAUUUUGUAUUUUAUUCUUUAUUCAUUCCUGUUUCCUUGAUGUGACAGUCUUAGUGCUCUGUGUUCUUACAAAAGUCCCGAUACAUUGAUAAGUAUUUAUAUAACUGUGCCGCAUAGACAGUGUGCCUCCGGCGUAGCAGUGAGAUAGAUGUACCGUGUAACUGAAUGACGCACUCACAGUUAGGCAAACUUGCACGUAAUAGGACGAUUCUCCACAGUUGAUUUUGAAGUUAUGACCUAUUUUUCACAGGCGGCUGUGAUUAAUAUGAUUCAGACAGGCUUGCCAAACCAAAGCAAGUGAACUCAAACGGUCUUGGGUUUGCAGUUUCAGCUCCGAGACAGUUCAAUUAAACACAGCACUUAAUAGUGUCAGCUGGUUAUCGUACUGAAACCUCCAAACUGCUGCUAACCUCUCAGCUCCCUCGGUGUAACAUGAACUGGGAGAGAGCACUUUUGACAAUCUGUCCCCAGUUUGGGGAGGGUGACCAAGAUGGACCAGCCUAGUCCACCAGAAUGUGUGCAGACUAGGGGCUUUUUAGGGCACAGAGUGAACUGGUGGCUUAACACAGACAGACGGUGUUGCAUCACCUGAUAAUGACCAAUCAUCACUUACUUUCUUUUACACAAGUGAUAAGUAAACCCCCAGUGUGUCUGGCUCCCCCCUCUGGCAGGACUCGAUACACAGCGUCUCCGCUCUCCAUUUACAGAACUCGCACUGUUUCCACUUCUGGAUUGUCCAGCUGCUUUCCUGAAAUUGAAUCAACACGGCCAGUUUGUGUAUGAAAAGGCCACUGUGGCGAUAAACACUAGUGUCUUGUUUUUAAAAAAAAAAGCGAACCGACCUGAAACCAGCUGUGAAAAACAGGUGGUCGUCCAGCCGAAGCCCAAACUUAGCCUGGUCGGUUGAAGUUUUGUCCCAAGUUCAACAAGUCCCAUGCUGUGCCAAAAAUACCUGGAGAGCUGGAAAGAGGGAACGCAUGUAUUGUGCCACAGAGGGGGUUGUGAAGCACUCAAUGCCACAUACACAGCUGGACUGACGAGAAAGCCACACUAUUGCAAACUGCCUCAUUUUACGCUGUCCAAAGGGGCAAAAGAAAAAAAAAAAAAAAAAGACUCAUUUGACGUCUGGGAAAACGUUUCUCACGGUUCGAUUAAGCCGUCUACACGCACUUACCACAUAUAUUCCUUACAUGUUUUACAAAAUGUUACUGCCAACUGCAAAAAUAGAUUGCUCUUUUUUCUGCAAGGGUCUAUUUUGCUGUGGAGUCACUGCAGGCCUGCUCAGUGCUAAUGCAUGCACGAUGUUGACCCAGCGGAGAGGUACAGGGAGCAGGAGAGGAUCGUCACAACACCGGGAACAUUCCCUCAAGAGACUGUCACAAACUACCCUCCUCUUACUUCACUCCUCCAUCUCUGCUUAUGUCGGUGGUCUCACUUUUCCAUCGCCCAGUCUUACAAAUAAUCAGUUGUUGCGGUUUUUUUUUAUUUUUAUUGUUGUCAUUAUGUUUAUGUUUUUGCUGUUCA